AUCAAUUCAAUAUGGCGACACUAUCAAUUCAAUGUUGUUAUUCAACUCGAUUGUUAUCGUCACAACAAAGCAUUUGUGAUCAGGUAAUGGAAUACAUUAGUGCAAAUUUUCGUGAUAACGCUUAUCAAUGACGAGAAUCAGUACUCUGGGUGGAAGUAGAGAAGGGGGGAGGGGGCAAUCGAUGGCGCAGUGAUGAAAACAAAUUGUGAGUAAUUGAUGUUGAAAUAAUAUUCAGUAGUAGAAGAUCUGCACAGUGGAAGAAUGCCAAUAUCAAAAGAGGGAAAUUACUCGGGUUCGGAGAGCGAUCAUGGAGUGUCUGACAGUGAAGUGGAGGAUAAUCAGUCCCUCAAGUCAGGGAGUGGAAUAUCGGUUUCACCAAAUCGUUCCAGAUCUCAGAGUCACUCGCGUUCACGAUCAAACUCAGCAUCAGGUUCUGAUCGAGUGCGAGAAGACGAGGCUGAGGAGGCAAAAUCCGGUGGUGAUGAUGAGGAGGAAGAGGAGCCCUCCGAACCUGAGGGCGAGGACCUUGACAGUGAGGAGGAAGAGGAUGAUGAGGAUGAGCGACCAAGAAAGAAAAAGAAAAAGGACAGAAUCUGUGGCUUUAUCGAUGAUGAGGCUGAGGUUGAUGAUGACGUCGAGGAUGAUGAAGAGUGGGAGGAGGGGGCACAAGAGAUUGGAAUUGUUGGCAAUGAGGUGGACGAGCUGGGGCCAACAGCCAGGGAGAUUGAGGGCCGUAGGCGUGGAACCAAUCUUUGGGACUCCCAGAAAGAAGAUGAGAUUGAAGAAUAUCUGAGAAAGAAAUAUGCAGAUGAGUCUGUUGCAGCUAGACACUUUGGUGAUGGGGGUGAAGAUAUGGGGGAUGAGAUAACCCAGCAGACACUUUUGCCCGGGGUUAAGGAUCCCAACUUGUGGAUGGUUAAAUGUAGAAUUGGCGAGGAGAAGGCCACUGUACUGCUGCUAAUGCGAAAAUUUUUGACUUAUCAAUUUACCAAUGAGCCACUUCAGAUAAAAUCAGUGGUAGCACCUGAGGGGGUCAAGGGUUAUAUUUACAUUGAGGCGUAUAAACAGCCUCAUGUUAAAUCGGCAAUUGAAAGCGUUGGUAAUCUUAGAAUGGGUAUUUGGAAGCAGCAGAUGGUGCCUAUCAAAGAGAUGACUGAUGUACUUAGAGUUGUCAAGGAGCAAACAGGAUUGAAGGCUAAACAAUGGGUGAGACUCAAGAGGGGAAUCUACAAAGAUGAUAUAGCCCAGGUUGAUUAUGUCGAUUUAGGACAGAAUCAGGUUUAUCUAAAGCUAUUGCCGAGAAUUGAUUACACUAGGCCUCGAGGAGCUUUGAGAACUGCACAAUCUGAGAGCGAGGCUCUCAAAAGAAAGAAAAAGAGACGGCCACCAGCAAAACCAUUCGACCCUGAGGCUAUUCGCGCUAUUGGGGGAGAGGUAACUAGCGACGGUGAUUUUCUUAUAUUUGAGGGUAAUCGAUACAGUCGUAAAGGAUUUUUGUACAAGAAUUUUACGACUAGUGCGAUCAUUGCUGAUGGAGUAAAGCCAACAUUGUCCGAGCUCGAGAAAUUUGAAGAGGCACCUGAGGGUAUUGACAUUGAGUUGAGUGGAACAAAUGGAGCUAUUGGAAAGGAUGAUGUUGCUAUUAGUCACUCAUUUAGUACCGGGGACAAUGUUGAAGUCUGUGAGGGUGAGUUAAUGAAUCUCCAGGGGAAAAUUGUAUCGAUCGAUGGCAAUAUGAUCAUGGUCCUGCCUAAGCACGAAGAACUCAAUGAACCCCUGGAGUUCCAAUCCAAUGAGCUGAGGAAAUAUUUCAAGAUGGGAGAUCAUGUGAAAGUUGUUGCUGGAAGGUAUGAGGGUGAUACUGGAUUGAUUGUCAGAGUUGAACAGAAUCGUGUGGUACUAUUCUCAGAUCUAUCAAUGCACGAGUUAGAAGUACUGCCCAGGGACUUGCAACUGUGUUCAGAUGUAGCAACUGGAGUUGACAGGCUUGGACAGUUUCAGUGGGGCGAUCUUGUUGAUGUUGAUAAGCAAACUGUUGGCGUUAUUGUUCGUCUUGAGCGUGAAAAUUUCCAUGUACUGCAGAAUGACGGUAAAGUUGUGCAGAAGAGGCCACAGGAAUUGACCAAGAGGCGAGAGAAUCGCAAUACAUUUGCCCUUGAUCAUCAGCAAAAUGAAAUUCGUAAAAAGGAUAUAGUUAAGGUCGUUGAUGGGCCGCAUACCGGUAGAGAUGGUGAAAUUAAACAUCUCUAUCGAAGUUUUGCAUUUGUACAUUCACGAAUGUAUGUAGAUAAUGGGGGAAUUUUCGUCUGCAAAACGAGAUAUCUUCAAUUGGCUGGUGGUACCAAAGCUGUAUCCGCAAUUUCUCCGUUGUUGGGUUCCAUGUCACCGAGAAUCAGUUCUCCAAUACAUCCAAGCGGUGGUUUUACACGGGGCGGUGGCAUUGGAUGCGGUGGUGGUAGUAGGGGUCGUGGCCGAGGUGCUGGUCCGCGUCGUGAUCGCGAGCUCAUUAGUACGACUAUUAAAAUCACAGGGGGCCCGUACAAGGGUAAUGUCGGCAUCGUCAUUGAUGCUAAUGAGAGUACUGUUAGGGUUGAACUCCACUCCAUGUGUCAAACAAUCUCCGUUAAUAGAUCGCACAUUGCCAAUAUCGGUGUUCAAACCAAAGAAGGGGGAUUCAGCUCCUACAGUCGUACACCAGCUUACUCCACUGGUGGACAGACACCAAUGUAUGCCAGAGAUGGAUCCAAAACGCCCAUGCAUGGAUCACAAACUCCAAUGUACGAGAAUGGCUCUAGAACACCUCAUUACGGCUCUAUGACUCCCUCGCACGAUGGUUCACGAACACCUGGCCAGUCGGGGGCGUGGGAUCCAACGGUCACCAAUACUCCGGCAAGGAAUAACGAUUUUGAUAAUUACAGCAUUGAGGAUGGUGGCUCACCGGGUUAUGCACCGGGUUAUCCAGCCACGGGGGGGCCCUUCACUCCCCAAACACCUGGCACUAUGUAUGGCUCUGAGCAGAGCUACAGUCCUUAUCAGCCUAGUCCCAGUCCCGUUGCCAGUGCUACUGCUAGCCCCAGUCCUGUCGGAUACGUUGCUACGCCCUCUCCAUCGGGGACUGGCUACACCACCAGUCCACACGGAGUCUUUCCCUCUCCCUCCCCCAUGAGUUACAGCCCAAUGACUCCUGGAGCCGUUGGUAGUCCUUACAAUCCACAGACACCGGGGGCUGGUUUGGAUACUGCAAUUAGUGGGGGAAUCAUGGGGAAUACCGAAUGGCACACUGUAGAUAUCGAAGUGAGAAUUAGAGAUUCACAUCAGGAUCCUGCACUCGCUGGACAACAAGGGAUCAUACGGGGAAUAUCUGGUGGAAUGUGCGCUGUAUUUCUACCCGCUGAAGAUCGUGUCGUGAAUCUGGUUUGCGAGCAAUUAGAACCAGUCGUACCCACCCACGGUGAUAGAGUGAAGGUCGUUCUUGGUGAAGAACGUGAGGCUGUUGGCACUCUUUUGUCUAUUGACACCCAGGAGGGUGUUGUUAAACUUACCACUGGAGAGUUGAAAAUGUUGCAGUUGAGAUAUCUCUGUAAAAUGAAAACCCCACCAUAAUAAUUUGUGUUUAAACGUUUGUAUGUUAUCCCAGUGAUUUAAUCGUAUAAAUCUGUGAAAUAUAGCUUUAUAAUCUGUCGUGAUCCACCUUGUAUUUUAUUAGUCAAAUAAAUAUUAGAAAUAUGAUAAUACAA